AUGGCAUAUGCAUCAACUCGAAGCGACCGUAACUUCAUUAUGGUGGACGUCCAUUCCAAUGCGAUGUUUGCACCAAAUCCUUUAGUCUACUUUGAUCCUGACAGAGCAUCCGUUCGAGACAUUGAUUUUAGUGGGUUUGGGUACUUAGAGUUCAUUGAUUUCCUUGAGAGGCUCACUAGAAUGAGAUGCAAAGAUGUGUACUUCUGCCUUCCACAAGAUUCGUUGAGUCAGGGCAUUCGUAUAUUGAACAAUAAUGGUGACUACAAAGAAUUUGUGGAUAUGGCAUAUGUUAAUGGGAAGAGAAUGAAUGUGUAUGUGGACCACCAUAAUGAACCUAUCUUCGACUGGAUUGAGGAUGAGGAAAUUUAA